AUGGACACUAUGAGCCGUGCCUUACGCAAAGCUGCUUGGUCGUCGUUCUUAGACGACAUUGAACGAGCCCAAAUGCAGAGUAGAUUUACGUGCCCACCGUUCAAUUCCUACGAUGGGAAAAUGGACCCAGUAGAACACGUCAGCCAUUAUAUCCAGAUGAUGUCUUUGCAUACUCACAAUGACGCAUUGAUGUGUAAGUUAUUUCCUUUGAGCCUCAGGUCUACUGCUUUGAGAUGGUUUAAUGGGUUACAGAAAGGAUCCAUUCACAGUUUUGCCGAGUUAAUCCAAGAAUUUGGUGUUCGGUUUGUAACUUGUAGCCAGGUACCACAAGCAGUGGAUGCAUUACUGUCUAUGAAGAUAAGGGUUGGGGAAACCCUUCGCAGUUAUGCCAGUCAGUAUUGGGAGCUUUAUAAUGAGAUUGGCGGGGGCAACGAGAAGAUUGCGGCGAGCACCUUUAGGAUAGGGCUACCUGAGGACUCCGAACUACGGGAGUUAUUGACGAGGAAGCCUCCCGAGGAUAUGAGGCAACUCAUGAGGCAUAUUGAGGAGUAUAAACGCCUAGAGGAUGAUCGGAUGUAG